AUGGCGGAUACCUUAGCUAGGGAAACGGAGGCCUUCCGUGCAGUCUUCCCGGUCAGCUGCCCAACGGUUCUACGUGACGCCCUCAUCGACAGGCUACUCGCACUCGGUGUAGGUAUCGCUGACCUCUCGACCUUGGUCUCAAAGCCGGAUAUGCUGAAGAACACAAUUGUUGGUGUCCUUUGCCCUAUUGGUGAAAAAGAAACGGCAGAUCAGAGGCAACUCCGUUUGAUUCGUGGUUUGAGGAUCGAAUCCGCUUUACAAGGUGCUGCUAAGGCUUUCUCCAACAAGCACGGCCCUGCCGCUCAAGCCUUGAGCCUCAAGGUCAACUCGAGCUACUGUAAAACUGCUGAGUGA